CCGCCCUCGCCACCGUCUCCCGGCAGAGCUGCAGCCCGGCGCAGGCGCAAUACGCUCUCCAGCUCCUCGCGCCUGCGCGCAGAGUCACCACCGCCCUCCCGCUCCUCAAUCCGCGUGCGCGGGGCUGAAUGGGCUUCCGGGACGCCACCCACUGCAGGGCGUUGGCGGUUCCUCCGCGCCGCGAGCCCCGCUGACCCGCUCUCCGUCGGCCAAAACCCUCCUCCUGGGCCCGCGCGGGAGCAGCGGGCCUCUGCGGGGAGCGGCGAGCCCGCCGGCCCCGGUCUCUUUCCCUGGCGGCGGCGGCUUCUUCUGUGGGGCAAUAUGUUCAAGAGAAUGGCCGAAUUUGGGCCUGACUCCGGCGGGAGAGUGAAGGGGGUUACUAUCGUUAAACCAAUAGUUUAUGGUAAUGUUGCUCGGUAUUUUGGAAAAAAAAGAGAAGAGGAUGGGCACACUCAUCAGUGGACAGUAUAUGUAAAACCGUAUAGAAAUGAGGAUAUGUCAGCGUAUGUGAAGAAAAUCCAAUUUAAAUUACAUGAAAGCUAUGGCAAUCCUUUAAGAGUUGUUACUAAGCCUCCAUAUGAAAUUACUGAAACAGGAUGGGGUGAAUUUGAAAUAAUCAUCAAAAUAUUUUUCAUUGAUCCUAAUGAGAGACCUGUAACCCUGUAUCAUUUAUUAAAGCUAUUUCAGUCAGAUACCAAUGCAAUGCUGGGGAAAAAAACAGUGGUUUCAGAGUUCUAUGAUGAAAUGAUAUUUCAAGACCCAACAGCAAUGAUGCAACAAUUACUAACAACAUCUCGUCAGCUAACUUUAGGAGCCUAUAAGCAUGAAACUGAAUUUGCAGAACUUGAAGUGAAAACCAGAGAAAAAUUAGAGGCUGCGAAAAAGAAAACAAGCUUUGAAAUUGCAGAGCUUAAGGAGAGACUAAAAGCAAGUCGUGAAACUAUUAAUUGCUUAAAAAAUGAAAUCAGAAAACUCGAAGAAGAUGAUCAGACAAAAGAGAUAUAAACAGUUCUGAAGAGAACUUGAUAGUAAGCUAAACUGAAUAUAAGGUGGACUUUAAAGAAGAAAUGGACUGCAACUGCUCUGAUGUUUCUUAGAGGAACUUAAUACUGUCGACCAUUUCUCAGCAAUGGGGUCAAAGUAUUUGUCUUUUCAAGCAAUCUUUGUUGUGAAGUAAUAUGUGUAUAAUAAGAAUGAGUGCUGUAUAGGCAUUUUAUCCACCCAUAUUAGUGCCACCCAUAUUAAUGCCAAUGAUGUUAAACACAAAAAAAUUUUUUAUUACAUUGUGUGUAGAGCUUAUCCUUUUAACAAGUAUCAGCAUUUUAUUAUAAAGUAUAACUUGUACAGAUUUUGUACUUCCCUAGUAGUUAGAUGAGUGGUAAAAUUACUGUGUAUUUAAUUUCUUAAAUUCUUACCUUCCCCCAUCCUAACUCUUGUAACUGGUAUGCCCAGUGCCCAGUAACUACCCAAUAAAUGUGGAUUUCAGAUCCUA